AUGGAGAGGCGCUCUCCGGACCCGGAGCCUCCGCCUGAGUCGAAGUUGCCCCAGGAUCCGAUCCCCGUCCUCCCGGAGGAGGACAACGGCUGCUGUGCAGGUAACCUGGUGAUCGUCUCCGAAGGGAGCCCAGAGUCCGGCCAGCUCUGCCGAGUGCGGCUGCGCAAUCGGGAGUUCGAGGUGUGCAGCAGAUCGCUAUACAUCUUCCCACUGCGCAGCUGUGUGAGGAGAAGAGUUAUCGAGUUGGUUACGUGGUGGGCUUUUGAUAAGUUCAUUCUCUUCCUCAUCUUCUUUAACUCCAUCUGCUUGGCAUCCUACGACCACCGCAGUGAAAGUAACUCUGGUUUCAACUGGGUUUCCGACAACAUCUUCGAUCCCAUCCUCACGAGUUUCUUCACUCUGGAAUUCAUUCUCAAGGUGGUUGCUUUCGGCUUCGUGGUGGACAAGACGUCCUACCUUCGCGAUGCAUGGAACUGGCUGGAUUUCAUAGUCGUGGUCACCGGCGUCCUCCAGAUGACCAACGCCAUAACUAGCCAAGAGGGAGUCGGCUUCCUUCGCAUGUUCCGCAUUCUGCGCCCCUUGCGGUCCCUGAAUGCCGUCCCGCAGAUGAAGGUGCUGGUCAACACCGUGCUCAGUUCCAUCCCAAGACUGGGCAACGUCAGCAUCAUGGCUGCCUUCCUCUUCGUUUCUUUUGGCAUCGUAGGAGUCUCUCUCUUCGGAGGAGUCUUCUACCGCGGUUGCCAUACGAUCCCAAAGCCAAUCUUGAUCGGCGCCAACGGGACGGAGUGUUGGUCGUGGCCCUUUACUGGAGAGGAGCGACUCUGUGGCGGGCGCUACCUCUGCGAGGACGGUCCGGGAGGCAGCGCAGGCUUCUGUGGCGGUCACGAGCAGGACACCGACAAAGCCUUGCGUCCCGUGUUCGAUGGCGGCCGGCAGGGAUUUCCCUGGUGCCAGGGCUCAGCACCUUUUAAGGUGUUCCCCGAGAGCGAGUGGAUCUGCUUCGAUCACAUGGGUUCCGCUUUGAUCACCAUUUUUCAGUGCAUGACGCUCGAGGGCUGGACCGACGUCAUGUAUCGCAUUCAGGACGGCCAUGGUAUGGUGGUCGCCACGGUGUAUUUCUUUCUGCUUAUCCCGAUAACAUCAUUCUUCCUGCUGAACGUUGCCCUGGCGGUGGUCGAUGAGGCGAGAGAAGACUUCGCGGAGGAGGCAGCGGAUGAGGCUGCCCAGGAGGAGGCAGAGGAGCGGGAGCUGCGUGCGAAGCUUGAGGAGGAGGCAGUGGAGUCCAAAGCCACUGCAACGCAUGCGGGGCAUGACGGGGCUGGACAUCCUGAUCAUCCCAGCAAUAAGCCAGCGUCCUUGAUGGGCCAGCUCGUCGAUGCGGCAGAGGACGUCACGCGAGCCAUGUCCAAAGCACUCGAUGAGGAGGUGGAAGACGACGAGGCUCCUUGGUGGGAUGUGGCGCCUGUGCGGGUGCUCCUUGCCAUUGCUACGAACGAGGUUUUCACCAACACCAUCAUGUGCUUCAUU